ACUUAAGUCUGAAGCCAUACAAGAUAAAACGAACGAACGAACAAACGAACGUAUUGGCGGCGAGGUGGUAUGUGUGAUAAGAAAGAAAAUUUGAGGAUUUUUUCAGAUUAUCUUCGUAAUUGUAUAACGAUAUUUGUCAAACGAUUAAACACCGACUGAGGCCUCUGUAUUACGCAGCUGUUGGAAUAAUCAUUGAAGCAAUGGAGAAGCCUGUAUCGUCGGAUAUAGUCAUCAUCGCGGGUAAUUCUCAUCCGGAGCUUGCAAAUCUGAUUGCAAACACUUUUACUCGCCAAGAUGGGGUCAGUCGUGCAUUGUGAAUUUUUCACACCGACCUAACUAUUGAAAUAACAACCGAAAGCGCCACUGUGGUGUCAUAUACCUUUACCAACGAACUUUUUUUAGGUGAAAUACAGGCGCGUGUAUCGCUUAGGUGUGAAACCUGGUGGCUGUGCUGUCUACCACAAGUCAAAUCGCGAAACAAUGGUAGAAAUAGGGGAUUCUGUGCGCGGUAAGGAUCUUUAUCUAAUCCAAACUGGCACGAAGGAUGUGAACAAUAACAUAAUGGAGCUUCUCAUCAUGGCUUAUGCGUGUAAGACAUCAUCGGCCAAGAACAUCGUCGGAGUGAUCCCGUAUCUACCUUAUUCCAAGCAGUGUAAAAUGCGGAAACGCGGCUGCAUAGUGUCCAAACUUCUAGCAAAGAUGCUAUGCACGAGCGGCCUAACUCAUAUUAUUACAAUGGAUCUUCACCAAAAAGAAAUCCAAGGGUUCUUCGACGUUCCCGUGGAUAAUUUGAGAGCUAGUCCAUUCCUUCUACAGUAUAUUCAAGAAUCCAUUCCUGACUAUCAUAAUUCUGUGAUCGUUGCAAGAAAUCCAGGUAGUGCAAAGAAAGCGACUAGCUACGCUGAAAGACUGCGCCUGGGAAUUGCCGUGAUACACGGAGAACAGAGAGAGGCUGAAUCCGAUAUGAACGACGGCCGCUAUUCCCCACCCGCGCUAGCGUUGGCCGCACGUACGAUGGAGGUUGGUGUGGGUAUGCCUUUGCAUCCGGCGAAGGAAAAACCGCCUAUAAGUGUUGUCGGAGAUGUUGGAGGACGUAUUGCUAUUAUGGUGGACGACAUGAUAGACGAUGUACAGUCAUAUGUAGCAGCUGCCGAGGUACUUAAAGAAAGAGGAGCUUAUAAAAUAUAUGUCUUAGCUACACAUGGUUUGCUUAGCUCAGACGCGCCUAGACUCAUCGAGGAAUCUCCAAUUGACGAGGAAGAGGGAAAUCUUUACAAACCCUGGCUAUACCGAGGGACUGACCGUCGGGUCAUCCAGGCAAGGCCAACUCGACCGGGACUAACCCGGACGAGACCCGUUCAACCGCCAUGGCGAUCCUCACCCGACGAAAUAGGAAAGACGCCCUGGAGCCUAUACUCCAGAGAGUGGAAGAUUUGAUACGAUUACAUCUCGAACGAUACUACCACACAUUACCUACACUCUAAAAAUCUCUCCCUUUUUGUGCCUUCACUUGGUUCCGCCGGACAAUGAAUGGUUUCGGCCAACAAUAUGUCAUUCCAUUGGUAACCAUUCUGCCCUUUCUUAAAAACUCACUAUUACAAUACCUCACAAUUAUGAAUUAUAUCUUUAAUCUUAUCUAUUCUAAAUUAUUCCUAAAGUUUAAUGAUUAUGUUUAUUCAUAUACAUUUUAUACAUUUAUGUACUAAUUUCUUUACAGCGCUUAUUCAGCGUGGCUAUCGCUCUCCUAGAGGUGUUAUACAUCUAAUGUUGCACUUUUAUAACCCUACACUGUUAAAUAUGUGUUAGCCACUGUCCUUGUGUGAAGUCUCGCCCAGGGAAGCUUUACUUGAUGGUUCUUUCCUCUGCAUCUCGUUCCGCUUGUUCCUUUUCCUUAAUGACACUUUUGGAAAAGUUUUUAAAAAUUUUCCAUUUACUAAUGUCAUUCAGACUAAUGUUAUUUGAAGAUUCUCUCCAAGCUAAGAUUAGCUCCAUCAAAAUGAUCCGCUGUGUCUGCCACGCCUCACAUCGCGCGAGCGUAUAUUCUGUCGUAUCGGGUUUCCUGCUACAAUGGGCACACGUUGCCAUUACUCUCUGGAUACUAUUCAGAUAUUGGUUAAAACACUCUGGUCACUAUUUGGCUUGUCUUAAAUGUCAAGCCAUACUCUCUUUCAUUCCAAAUCUAUUCUGUCAGGUGCUGAGUCAGACAGUACCUUAUUCUUCCGCCUAGAUGGUUUUCGCUACGGUCCUCGAGCUUGGUUCUCUAUUUAUUGAUUGAGGCUCUUUCUUCAGAUCUAAUUGCAUUUUGAAUUCUAGCCGUCAUUAUAAUUCUCUCCUCUUUUAUGGCGCAUGUUCUAAUGUAAACUCUGGCAUAUUCUUUUGCCAAUAUAUCUAGUGGGAUCUGCCCGGCUAGGAUUGCUGUCACAUUGUGAGAGACCGUUCUGUAAGCUGAUAUAAUUUGCAACGCUACCUUACGCUGGAUUUUCUUCAGUUUCUUUUUGAUCUGUCUGUUCCGGGUAAUUGUUUCCGCCCAAUUCGGGGCUCCGUACAAUAUGAUAGAUUGAAUCAUGUUAGCGUAAAGCCUCCGACGCUUCUCUCCCGAUCUUCUCUAGUUGGGCCUAAGCGGCCAUCGGGGUCGCUGCUGUGCUCUCCGCCUUUAGGAUCAGUUGGUUGAAGUGAUCCUUGAAAGUCCAAUUUCUAUCCAGCGUAAGAAUAGAUAUUUAAUAUUGGGGCCAAAGGGGAUUAGCACAUUACCAACUGCCACCACUGCAUUGUCAGGCAUUGGUUUUCUGCUCAAAAAUAUCACUGCCUCAGUUUUACUUGGGGCAACUGUCAGUCCCAGUCUUUCUAUUACUCCGCACAACAUUGCGAGUACCAGAUCUGUUUUGACUAUCACGUCCUUCACUGUAGAAUCUGCCACUAUAAUAUAAGCAGGGUGUCAUCUGCGUAGCACCGUGCGGUGCAAUUCUUUGGCAGUUCCAGUUUUAACUUCGCAUCAUAGGCUACGUUCCAGAAGAGCGGUCCUGAUACAGAGCUCUGAGGAACUCCACCAGGUCACCUGACAGGUCUACGGCUAUCAACAUACAUCAGGUUUCUAUUGCUAAAAUAGCUGUGUGCCAUUGCAAUAAGAUAGUCCAGGACUUUUCUCUCAGACUAAUUUUGAUCUUGGUUUAAUUUACUCUACCCUUUUAGUUUUAAAAAUUAGAAAAAGAUAGAGAGUAAGUUAAACUGAGAUCAAAGUUAAUUUACAUUGAUAAAAUAAACAUAAGUGAAUCUAAAUAA